AUGUCGCGCGUCUCCGUCGUUCGCGCCGCGCUCGCGGGCGCCCGGGCGUGGACGCGCGAGCGAGCGCGCGGGCGAGGACCGGGCGCGCGCGGGCGACGGUCGGGGGCGACGACGCGCGCGGUCGAAGGGUCGAGCGAUGGGUCGGGGUCGAGCGAUGAGUCGAGCGAUGGAUCGACGGCGUCGACGGCGUCGCUGGACGCGUCGCGCAUGCGCCGGGCGCUGGAGAUCGCGCGAUUCGGUGGCGCGCGAGGUGAGGUCCCGAUCGGGGCGGUGAUCGUGGAGAACGACACGGGACGGGUGGUGGCGGCGUGCGCGAAUGCGUGCGAGCGGGACGGGGACCCGACGGCGCACGCGGAGUUGCGAGCGAUACGCAUGGGGGCGGAGACGCUCGGAAAUUGGCGACAUUUGCGAAAGACGACGAUGUAUGUGACGUUGGAACCGUGCGCGAUGUGCGCGGGGGGGAUUUUGCAAGCGCGGGUGGGACGGGUGGUGUACGGGGCGAAGAACGCGUUGUUGGGCGCCGACGGGAGUUGGGUGAGCGUGCUCAGGAAAUCCGAUGCGGUGGACGAGAGCGCGGCGACGACGACGCGUCCGCACGCGUUUUCACCGGAUUUAGACGUCACCGGUGGGGUUCUGGCGGAGGAGACGGGGGCGCUGAUGAAGGAGUUUUUCCGAGCGAGACGCGAGCGUCCGAUGGGCGAUGCGGGACGCUUUGAGGAAAAGGGUUGA